AGCAAAGUGCCAAAAAAAGAAAAAGAAAAAACGGCCUAAAAACUAUAAUAAUAUAACCAAAAAAAAAAAAACCCGAAAAUUAAUAAGAAGAAAAAUGAAAAAGAAAGAGAGAACAUAAAGCUUCUCCGGUACUGCUAACAGAGCGAGCCCAACGACAUCUGACAUCGCCACCAACAAUCUUGAACGUCUCUCGCCGGGCUCAACUCAAGUUUUGUCUUCAAGCUCACUGACUUAUGGCGAUUCCGAGACUGAGUUCACUGUACCGAGUUUGGAUUUUCAUGAAGCUAUCGCCUCCAUUGGAUCCACCUUCGUUUGCCGUUACAAAGUGUUAUAGCUCCUAGUGUUACUUUCUAUUCAAGGUCUAUGCUCAUUGAAAGAGUGAUCUCGCCGUUGAUUUGGUAUAUUUCUUACAGAUCUGAAGCGUUCAAGGUAAUCGACGGCGUCGGUGAUGGCUGUGAACAAAGGAGCUCUCACUAACGGCAUAUUGAAAAAGGUACAACUGUUGUUGAUGAUGCAGCUUUUCCUGGGUUAUGUAACAUCAAAAACCGAGGCUGUUCUACCAGGAUCUCCAACCGCUGUGCCUGCAAUGGCACCUGCUGUGCCCAAUCUGCCAUUGCCUGCCAAUCUGCCACCAUUCAAUAGACCCUUGCAGAAACCCAUUUCACCUGUUGCUGCACCCAUUGCACUAUCACCGGCACACCCUCCUUUCUAUGACCCCCUGAUAACAUCUGGGCACCCCCCUACAAGUUCUCGAUUGUCAAAACAUUUGAUUAAGAGGAAAGGCUUAGGUAGCUUUAAAGAUAUUGCACCAACACAGUCUCACGCUGGUGAAUUGCCUUCCGGUUUAGCUCAGCCGCCACUCUCUCCUACUGUCUCUAAUUGUUGCAAACCAGAUAUGGUUCUGAAACGGGGCAGUCAGGUUUGCCACUGUGUUUAUCCUAUCAAGAUUGACCUUCUCCUUUUAAAUGUCUCGCAAAAUCCUAAUUGGACCGUGUUCCUAAACGAAUUAGCCUAUCAACUUGGUUUGCGAGUUCCUCAAAUUGAGUUGAUCAAUUUUUAUGUUAUUAGUUUGUCAAAAUUAAAUAUUUCAAUGGAUAUUACUCCACAUACUGGGAUCAGUUUCUCUGCAAGUGAAGCAUCUGCAAUAAACUCCUCACUUGCCAAUCACAUGGUUCAUCUGGACCCUACAUUAGUGGGUGAUUAUGAACUUCGUAAUCUCACCUGGUUUAAGCCUCUGCCUCCAUCUCCAGCUCCUCAUGUUGCCACAUCACCUGUGGAGGCCCCACCAUUUCGGCCACCAACUUCUACCCCACUCAGUGUUUCAAAGAAAGGGAGGCAUUCAAAUUUAGUUCUUUUUCUUGGCAUUGGUGCUGGCAUAUUGUUUAUUGCCUUCGCUUCUUUGCUUGUACUUUGUUUAUGCACUUCACGGGAAGAAAAAACAACAGCAUCUCCGAAGGAAGCAGAAAAACAAAGAACUGUAGAUGCUGUUCCUGCUAUAGGAUCUCUUCCCCACCCAAGCAGCACAAGGUUUCUGGCAUACGAAGAACUUAAAGAAGCAACAAACAACUUUGAACCUGCAAGCAUACUUGGGGAGGGUGGUUUUGGCAGAGUUUUUAAGGGUGUUUUAAGUGAUGGUACAGCUGUCGCAAUCAAGAGACUUACUAGUGGAGGACAACAGGGGGAUAAGGAGUUUCUAGUUGAGGUUGAGAUGCUUAGCAGGUUGCAUCACCGUAAUCUUGUGAAACUUGUGGGCUAUUAUAGCAGUCGUGAUUCCUCACAGAACUUACUAUGUUAUGAGCUUGUUCCUAAUGGCAGCUUGGAGGCCUGGCUCCAUGGUCCAUUGGGUGCAAAUUGUCCUCUUGAUUGGGACACCAGAAUGAAGAUUGCACUUGAUGCUGCCAGAGGACUUGCUUACCUGCAUGAAGACUCACAACCCUGUGUUAUCCAUAGAGAUUUCAAAGCAUCCAAUAUAUUGCUUGAGAACAACUUUCAUGCUAAAGUUGCUGAUUUUGGCCUUGCAAAACAGGCACCUGAAGGCAGAACAAAUUACCUGUCUACUCGGGUUAUGGGAACAUUUGGGUAUGUAGCUCCUGAAUAUGCGAUGACCGGACAUCUACUGGUCAAAAGUGAUGUUUACAGUUAUGGGGUUGUCCUUCUUGAAUUACUUACUGGUAGGAAGCCUGUGGAUAUGUCACAACCAGCUGGACAGGAGAACCUCGUCACUUGGGCCAGGCCAAUUCUUAGGGACAAAGACAGGCUGGAAGAGCUUGCUGAUCCAAGGCUCGGAGGGAAGCACCCAAAGGAAGACUUUAUACGGGUUUGCACGAUUGCAGCGGCGUGUGUUGCUCCUGAGGCAAGCCAACGCCCCACGAUGGGGGAAGUGGUUCAAUCACUUAAGAUGGUGCAACGAGUCAUGGAAUACCAGGAUUCCAUAACCUCCAAUGUACGGCCUAAUCUCAGGCAAUCAUCAACUACCUUCGAGUCUGAUGGGACAUCAUCGAUGUUCUCUUCUGGUCCUUACUCAGGUUUAAGUGCAUUUGACAAUGAUAACGUAUCUCGAACAGCAGUCUUUUCUGAAGAUCUUCAUGAAGGUCGAUGAAAUAUGUAAUCCUCAUUCUGUUUUAAGUGCUCUUGACUACCCAAUACAGCAACAAUAGAGUCUUCUUCGUUGAAGAAGGGGAACUAUGGAGCGUAAUUUUUUGAUAAAUGGGUAGAUGCUGUAACUUGUAAUUGGGAUUGGUGGGGAGAAAAGAGUGCUUGUUGUAGUCCCUUGUGGAUGAAAUUUUGUACAUAUGCCUCAUAAGCAUGUUUUACGAUAUUGGUUUAAUGGGUUUCUUUUUGCCUUUUUUUAAA